CAACAUCUUCACGCGGCGUUUUCCGCAAAAUCUGGUGCGGUAGGAGCUUCGACUUCUGGCGCGACCACUACAGCCCCCGGGCCAACAACUUCUUCGUCCUCACGGCUGCACUUCAACCAGCCACGGCCCGGCAAGAUGUUGGCCACUAGUAGCAUUGUCCGCGACAAGGAUCGUUCACCGCAAUCCCAGCCGUGGGUGGAUGAAGAUGGGUCCACCAGCAUUGAGUGGAAUAACCAACGUUGCAGCGACGUGUUCUCAUCCUAUCAGUGCAAAAAUGUCCCGUUACAUCCAUCUUCCGGCACUGUGGUGAAGAGGAUCACGGAGUAUGGCGCACCACAGGCUGCGUCGACCACUGGCUACUUCGCAGGAGGAGCAGCUUCGUCGCCAGUUCCAUCUGCGUCGUCUUUUUUCAAUCAGCCUAAUCAUGUUGCGGCGCAGCAAAAUAAAACUUCCUGGAACUACAACAGCUACACUGAAUAUGAUCCUACUUCCCCAGUAAAUGAAGAUGAAGUAGGAUUUUAUUCAUCAUUUUCCGGCGUGCCCGAG